AGCCACCAACUAAGAAAGUGUUUAAGCUCAACAUCUAACUAUCUUAAAUUCUAGUCACUUUACUGAACUCCUAACAUCACAUUGGACUAAUCUAUUACUUAAUAGAAGCAAUAAUGUUAAUAUAAGUAAUAUGAAAGCAUUCUCCAUUGCAUAAGCUUACAUCAGACUGGAGUAACCCACUGACAGCCUAAUAUUAAUAAAUGAUAUAAUAAGCAUCUUAUUAUUUACACUGUUAACCCAACACAGGCAUGCUGUAAGGAAAGAAUACAAAAAGUAAAAGGAACUCGGCAAAUUUUAUCCCGCCUGUUUACCAAAAACAUCACCUCUAGCAUUACCAGUAUUAGAGGCACUGCCUGCCCAGUGACAUAUGUUCAAUGGCUGCAGUAUCCUGACUGUGCAAAGGUAGCAUAAUCACUUGUUCCUUAAAUAAGGACUUGUAUGAAUGGCCACACGAGGGUUCAGCUGUCUUCUACUUUUAAUCAGUGAAAUUGACCUAUCCGUGAAGAGGCGGAUAUAAACAAAUAAGACGAGAAGACCCUGUGUAUGGAGCUUUAAUUUAUUAAUUCAAAUAAAACUUAAACAAGUCUACAGAUCCUAGCCUAUUAUCCCUGCAUUAAAAUUUUUGGUUGGGGUGACUUCAGAGCAUAAUUCAACCUCCGAGCAACCUAAACUAAGACUGCACUAGUCUAAGCAAGUUAAUAUAUAUUGACCCAAUAAUUUGAUCAAUGGAAUAAGUUACCCUAGGGAUAACAGUGCAAUCCUAUUCUAGAGUUCAUAUCGACAAUAGGGUUUAUGACCUCGAUGUUGGAUCUGGACAUCCUUCCUAAUGGUGUUGCCACUAUUAGGGGUUCGUUUGUUCAACGAUUAAAGUCCUAUGUGAUCUGAGUUCAGACCGGAGUAAUCCAGGUCAGUUUCUAUCUAUUUAACAUUUCCCCUAGUAUGAAAGGGCAAGAGAAAUAGGGCCCACUUCAUAAAGUGCCCUCGCUCCAUAGAUGAUGCUAUCUCAAUCUAACAAAUCAUCACACACCCUACCCAAGAACAGGGUU